AUGAAGGUCAAACUGACUGGCCACGUGAAAGAAAAUAUAUUAGUUACAAACUCCGUAAUUGACAAAUUUAACGAAAAAAGGACUAGAUUACAACUAAGUAUUAAUAAUGUUUUCAAUUAUCUUGAAAUAUCUAUAACUAUACUAUCUUUUCAACUUGAGGAUCUAAUAAAUGCCACAAUGUUUAGCAGUUUAAAUAAACUACAUCCUUCUGUAAUAACACCAAUUCAGCUCCAUAAGGAACUCAUUAAUAGCUUCAGACAUUUACCCCAAGAUCUAGAACUACCCGUCCCUCUAGAAAUCGAUAUGAUACACAUCAUUACCGAUAUAUCUAAAGUUUCAUCGUAUUAUACUAAAAACAGAUUAAUGUUUGUCCUACAAAUACCAUUAGUUUUUGAUAAAGAGUACAAAUUAUAUCACAACAUUCCUUUACCUACACCACAUAACCUCGAAAAUCCAAAUACUUUUAGCUUAAAAAUACCCAACGCAAAAUAUAUAGCAUUGACCAUUGAUAAAAUUAAAAUUAACUACUUUGAUCUGGAUAGUUUGGAAAAUUGUUUAGUUAUUAAUUAUAAACAUUAUAUUUGUAAUGUUGCAAAUGUGUAUGCAACAGACACUAAAGCUACUUGUGAGAGUGAAUUGUUGUCAAAAGUCGUUAAUAAGAUUCCUAAUCAAUGUGAAGCGAAAUUAAUAUAUGGUAAGGUGGAUAUUUGGAAACAACUGAAUUAUAAUAGAUGGAUAUUUGUCCAAAACGAACUAAGCAGGUUAACAAUAGAGUGUUCAGCGUUAAAAUUACACCAAGAAAAUAUGUUAUUGGGAACUGGUAUUUUGAACUUGUCUGAGUCAUGUAUUGGUUACAAUAAAAACACCAUAUUAAAGAGUAAAAUUAACAAAAACCUGCCUUUACCAACAGUUACUUUUGAUUUUAAUUUAAUUAACGACUCAUGUUGUAACACCAAUAGGCUAGAAGGAAUGAAGAAUAGUGUUUCCCCUAUUAAGCUAGAAAAAAUAGAUUUGGAUAAUUUAAAGCCCCAAAAAGACCUAUUAAUGAAAAAACUCUUAAAUACUAAAUUGGAAGAGGAAAUCCCUCAUAUUAUAAGGUAUUGGACACACUAUUCAAUAAUAACUAUAAUUACUUUAUUAAUCAUUGUCUGUGGAAGAAUACCCACGGAGCGAAUUGAAGACAUGCUGACUAGGGGAAGGAGAGUAUCGUACUCCACCGGAUCAAUUUACCUCAACUUAGCGAUUUACCGCCCAAGAAGACCCCGGAGCCAGAGGCCACACGAACAACUGACACCGAAGUCAAAGCGCCCGGGCCAUCCAUUGACACCGCACUCGAGAAUAUCAUGCGGCAAAAAUGGAGCCCGGGUCUACCGUCCAUCAAAUACGACACAAUGGGAGGGGUUGAAAAACCUAAAAUACGACCUUAUCAAGGUACUACAAACCAACCUCCAGCACAAACAACUCGCAACGGCCACACUACGAAGACAGCUGGAGGUUGAUAAAGAGACCACGUGGAUUUACAUACCUGCUAACGAAAUUCUGUUACAGAGAUCUAACGACAGUAAGGAUAUAGAACGGGACAAAACAAGGGACAGGCGCGACGACCAAACCACUUCUCGCUGCUGGCCUCGCUGCUCCUACCCAUAG